AUGUGCUGGAUGGGGGUGGUGUCUGAUGAUGUUGUGACAGCGGGGCAGGCAGCGGGAGGUGAACACACUGGAGAUCUCUGGGAGAGGAGCUCCAAUGAUCUUCUCAGCAGUUUUCAUCACCCUCUGGAUCGCCUGCUUCUCGGCAUUUGUGCAGCUGGAGAACUACACGAGCAGACCACACGCAAGCACACUCCGAAUGGUACAGUUAUAAAAGUUUAUCAUGAACCUCUGAUGGAGAUGGACCAGGAGAGGUACUCAGACACGGUCAAGCCCAGGAAAUUAAAGGGAUCUCUUUCCACCACCGUCUACAGACAGAGGUAG